AAUACAUCCCAGCUUCGGUGCGGCCCGGGGAGCUAUCCUGGCCAUUUCCCCGUCCCGUUCUCGCGGGUUUUCAAAAACUUUGUAUUUGCUGUCUUGGUUGCGCCUUAUAAGUGACGGCGGAAUUAGAUUCCAUGCUGAUUGCUAAUGCUGAACGCUGAACAACAUCCCAGGACCCUUUUCAUGCGGAUUUGCUUGGGAUAUUUAUACUUAGCGUGAUCAUUUUUGACGACCUCGAUGGCACUCUCCAUUGAGCUAGUUUGGAAUUCACACCACGGAUAUCUUCCCCGCGAACUCCAUUAUUGAUGCUCUGAAGUUGGGUCUUUGAAAGGCCCCUACGGAUGCUUAUUUUUCUAAUCAUGGGAAAUAACAAGAGCAGUCAGUACACUGCUUGUGUAACUGAAUGGAGAAUAGAAACUAUACAAACUGUUGCAUCGACUCCAAGAUACGAAACGACGACGACGACGACGACGGGGGAAAACACUCCGUACUACGAGCCCCCGAUUCUUAAAUAAAUACGCGUUCUUUUCGAUUCCAUCCCGUCCAUUCCUUCCAGCUCGUUUUCUAUUUCGAUACUUUUGAUCCGCGGUUUCUGUGUUCCCUAAGUUACUGCCUACGACUUACGAUCCGAGCUGUCCAGUUUGUCUCUGGCUCGCCUACGUCUACGUUCGCCUUAACAAUGAAUACUAUAUUCCCCCAAUGAGAUACAUAUAAUUUUUCUAUUCGGUUUAAGCGGAACCUUUGACAAGAUGGAGGCGUUUUCUGCCGUGCCUCCCCCAAGCCCUCCGCUUUCGCCCUCGAAGCGGAAGUGCCGGGAUUUUGCGCGACGAUGUGAACGCCUUUGCUGUAACUUGUGUACAUAUUUUCCGUUGGCAUUUGUCUAUGGGCUUACGACAUGGUCUGUGUAUGUGGAAGCAAGGAUGGGAAUGCAACCGGCGAAGUCCAGGUGGAUUGGGCCUUGGACGUCGGCUCUUGGAAUAAUCUUUUAUCUCCUUUCAAACGCAUCGUAUACUAUAGCCGUCUUCACAGACCCCGGCUCUCCUUUAACGGGACCUCGGACGAGUAGUCGCGGGAACCGACAUGACUAUAGCUCUCUUCCCACAACGGAAACGCCCGAAUAUACAUCCCUGACCGUAAGCUCGACGGGUGGUAGGAGGUACUGUAAAAAGUGCCUGUGCGUUAAACCGGAUCGCACUCAUCACUGCUCAUCAUGCAAGCGCUGUGUUCUCAAAAUGGAUCACCAUUGCCCUUGGCUAGCUACUUGCGUCGGGUUCCGUAACUACAAAGCAUUUCUGUUAUUUUUAAUAUAUACAUGUCUAUUUUGCUGGGUAUGCUUUGCAGUUUCUGCAACUUGGGUUUGGACGGAGAUAUUGAACAACUCUCGUUAUAUCGAUUCAUUCGGCCCGGUCACCAAUAUUCUCCUGGCCGUCAUAGCUGGGGUAAUCGGCCUUGUUUUAUCUGCAUUCACAGCCUGGCAUAUCAGCCUUGCAGCGCGAGGCAUGACAACGAUAGAAUGUUUAGAAAAGACUAGAUACCUCGCACCCAUCCGCAAAUCGUUUGACCGUCAAAGGCAAGAACGAGCCAGCGCUGUUAACGGGCACAUGAAGCACACCCUUGGCCAUACUUUCCAAACCUAUGGUCACCAACUCCUUGAUGCGCAUGCCAACGCUAUCCCCGGCGUGACACGCGAAGAGGAAGGUGAAGAGCGCAGUUCGCCAACCGUUCCACAACGACAUUUCGAUCCCGAGCACGCCCAACCGUACGCCCAAAACCAAACUCUAUCCCCCGCACAACAAUCCCUUUACCACUCCUACGAAGAGCUCGAACAUGCUCGCGAAAGAGCACGAUACGACGAAUACUUAGACGAACAGGACGGAGAAAAGCUCCCUCACGCAUUUGACCUCGGAUGGCGCCGGAACCUGAGGCAUCUCUUCGGUACGAACCCUCUGCUCUGGUUUCUGCCCAUAUGCAACACCACCGGAGACGGCUGGCAUUGGGAAGCUAGUACCAAAUGGCGUGAAAUAAAGCAACGAAUAGAGGACAGGAGAAUGCAACGGUGGCGCGAGCACCACCAGCCACUGCACCACCAGCAUCCAAUUGCUCUCCCGCAACGGCCUUCAACACUAUCAGAAACCUGGCAAUCCUCUGGCAAUACCCCAGGUGGUGGGGGAUACGGCGAUGUCUCGCGCCGCGCUACUGAUAACCAAGCCUUGGGCGGUAGAGCUACGGAUGCACAGCGGCCCGGCACGGGGCUUUCUAUGAAAACUCUGCGGCCCAUGUCUCCCCGCCCCCGUCCCGGGGAAGUGACUUCGGAAGACGACAGUACGCCCGGUAGCCAGCGGAGCGAGCUUGAUGAACUUGGGCGGACUAGCGGAGGCGGCCGGGAUGAGUGGCGCGAUUGGGAUUGAUGCAUAUCUUUGCGCUAUUUUAUUUUUAUGUACAUUUUAUAUUAUUAAUGCUUCUCCUUGAUGGCUGUCUUAUGGUUUUAAGUUUAUAUGUUUUAAAGGGUGGCGCGUUUUUUCACUAAUUUUACUUUCAAUAAUGCAUCAUGAAUUCAAGUGGACCGAACAUGUUCUUUCUGAUAUCUUUACUUGAUCAUAUCUCUGACUUUUGACCUACGCUGUAUAUAUAUAUACUAUCAGGAUUUGAGGAUUUUCAUUGUAAUCGUUUCAUUUACAAGAUUUACUAGAAAUGUUCUCUCGUUCGUGUUUCCGCUUCACCAUAACAAUUUAACAUUACUUACCAACGAGAUCCCCAGAGGCCCAGCCUUCUGGUAACAAAAGGUAUAAAAUAACUAUAGUACUGCAUAUGAUACUUGUACAUGUAUGUACAAACAUGACUCUAGAAACAGCUUCAAUCUUGGUACAUGAUAAGAUAAGCCCUUCAGUUCUGAACAACCAUCCACCACCACUCCUUCACCGCCCAGCCAGACAACCCACCCAGCCUCUCAACGACCCCAGCUUCUUCCAUCCACUCCAAAACCAAAGCCACCUCCCACUCGGCAAUAUGUGGCUGGAAUAUACGGCUGAUGCCAGCUGCGGUGAGGCCCGGCCGAGACGCAAGGUAGCCCACGACUGCCGCAACAACCAGAUCCCAAAGCACCUUAACGAAGUUGCCAUGGAUAUCGAACCAGAGCGGGAUCUUGCAGAAGGGGAGAGAGCCUGUGGAUGGAGAGAAGGGGAAGUCGGCGGGCAUAUCGCCCCUCGGGGCUGUUGGGGGCAGUUUUACAGGGUUCCCGUAGAUGUAGCGAUCGGGGACGGGAAGGACGUCGACGUCGAAGCGCAGCUUGCCCUUGUCCAUGAGGCGCGUCAGGUAGCCGCCGUCUGUCAGCCCGUAUUUAUCCCGUGGCGGGUUUUUGGGCCAGAUUGUCACUCGCCCCUCGGCGAAGAGGUUGAUUAGCACGAGGAUAUCGCCGUCCUCAGCGUCGUAGUUCACGGCGCAUCUGCCUUCCAGAUGUAACUGUGUGUCCAGGAUUGUGGUUUUGAAAGUCACUGCGCGUUUCAGCUGGGUUGCUUCGAUGGCACGUUUGCGCCCGAAUGUAUGCACGAAGUAUUCUGUGACGUCGUAAUUUCGCCCUGGAGUAAUCCGGCCCCUGUUGCCCAUGGAGAUAACCCGUUCAGUGAUAAGUGACUGUAUCGCUUGUCCAAUGAGAUCCUCACCAAGGCAUUCGAGAAUGCGUCGUGCUUCGGCUGGGUUAUAUGACUCCUCCGGCGUGAUCACGUUCGCUCGUACCCAGGUUUUAGCCAUGUUUAGGCGCUCAAUUCUUGGCCAUUGCCGCUCACAUUUCGUGCCUGUUUUAGUGACGGGGAUUACAAAGUUUGUUCCAGCUAGCAAAGCUUGUUUUCGCGGAAUCGUCGCUGGGGCGUUAUGUUGGAACAGCUCGUCAAGCGUUUGUACGGGUUCCGGGCGAACGUCAAAGAGGCUAUUGAAUUGUUGGCGGGUAGCUGGUAGGCUCGGAAGGUUAUCUGAACCUGGGCCUUCAAGUUGCUUGUUCGCCCAAUCAACGAUCCACUGCCAAUCAUACGAGGGAAGGUCACCAUAAUCGAUCCGGGGUACCUGGUCCUUUUCGUACGCUUCUGCAAACCGCUCUUGAAAAUCGCUUUGCAUUUUGGACAUUUGCAGUCGAUUUCGCGAAAGGAUGGCCUUUCCGCGAUCUCUGAUUAAUUUAGGGUCGUGAUCUGGGAAAGCUAAUGUAACAAGCUGCCAGUCAACCAUUUUACCCUCGAGUCCACCAGCUAAGGUUCGAACAACAACGAUCGCAACGGUAAGCUUUUGUACAAUAUCACUAGAUAGAACUUUGAUGAGUCUACUUCUUCGAACAGUCGGAGCCGUUGCUUUGGGUGUUCGUUUCUCUGCUUUGGGCUCCUGGAAUUGUUCGAGACGUCUGUUGACGGGUAGUUCGGGCCGCCUCUGACCACGAGGUGCGAUUUGACGAGCGGAGGGGCGAUCUGAUGGAGUUACCCCGGCAGGUGAUGAUGUCAGGGUCCGAAGUGGAGUCUGGGCAAGUGGUGCUUGUCGUCCCUUUGAGACCCGUCGGGAUUCAUUCGCCUCAAAGCGAAUCGAGCCGUCGAGAGGAGCACUCUCGAAUGGUCCCGGUAUCCCAUGGUUAAUGUAUCUCCAUCCAGCUCGCUGCAAGUCGAAUAGUUCAGGGUGCCUAGAUUCCCAUCUGCCUACGGCAUCAAUUUCGGAAAAUACCCGGGUAGAAACAGGAUCGGGGAGAUUCGACGUAUCAAGCUGACGUUUCCUCGUCAUGGAAAGAAUAUCUCCAAGGUCUCCGGGUAAGCUCAUUAUUGUCUGGCCCGAUCGGGGUCCCGUUGUUGUUAAGCUACGCCAUUGCGUAUGGGCGAAUGUGGUUCCAAAUGUGCCGGUUGGAGCAUGGAAUGAUUGGAACGUAUGGAAAAUAAUUGCAUCUGGUGGCAGCCUUGCGGUUGACCGGGGAUGCCUCCUGGAAGCGUCAGAUGUCCGUGUUCCAGUUGCAAGGCCCGAGUUUGGUGACGUUAACCAGUUUAGAACGGAAUAUGGAUGUGAUCGGCGCUUAGUACUUCGAAGCCGUUUUAUGGGUCCUGGUUUUGGUUUGUGGGCCCGGGGUGGCCUCAUUUCAGGGGGUCGACUUCUCGCUGGCGUUUGAUGCAAAGUAACGGUUAUCUCUUCUUCAAUGUCGGGGAGCUUUCUUGCAGGCAACUGUGUGAUUUUUUGUGACUUCCUGAUUGUUGGAUCAAUCUCUGGGCCAGGGGGGAAGUAUUGCUGGGGGUCGGCUGAUAAUAUUGCCCUCUGUAAAUCUAUGACUGCUGGAUCCGUUGCAUGAAUUUCUGGUUUUGCAAUAAUGGACUUUGUAACCACUAGCCCUUUGCUGUUCCUCCCACUGAAAGUUAGUUGGCGGAGUUUCCCGCUCUCGAUCAUAUAUUUCACUGAAUUUCGAAGUGUGCGAAAGUCUGGC